CCUCCUUCCUCUAAUUUCUAAAUAUGGAAAGUAAUUACACCCCACUUUCCAAGAAUUCAUCUUUUGUUGAGUUACAAUUAAAAGAUGACAACUUUAUACAAAAUGGGUAUUCAAAAGAUGAUGAUCUUGAUGUUUCUGAUAUUGAUUUUGAUAAAUUACCCCUUAUUUUUGGUGAAAAUAAAUCAAGGUCUGGUAUAUAUGGUGCUGUUUUUAAUCUCACAACAACAAUUAUUGGUGCUGGUAUUAUGGCAUUACCUGCCACAAUGAAAGUAUUAGGUUUGGUUCUUGGAAUUGUAUUGAUAUUCUUGAUGGCUAUUUUAUCCGAAAUAAGUGUCGAAUUGCUUGUUCGUUUUACUGUUUAUUGCAAAGCGUCGUCGUAUGGAGAGGUUGUUGAAGCUGCAUUAGGGAAAAUAGCUAAAGUUAUUUCCGAGAUUUGCAUUAUUGUUAACAAUGCUGGUGUUUUGGUUGUGUAUUUGAUUAUAAUAGGUGAUGUUUUGUCCGGUUCACUUCGUCAUAUUGGUGUUUUUGAUCAAUGGCUAGGUCAUGGUGUUUGGGAUCAUAGAAAGUUGGUGAUUUUGAUUAUGUUGGUUUGUUUUCUUGCACCACUUUGUGCAUUGGAUAAGAUCGAUUCGUUAAGUUUUACUUCGGGUGCUUCUGUAGCUCUCGCGAUUGUAUUCGUGUUGGUUGCUUUCACUAUAGCAUUUAUUAAGCUUGUCGAAGGGAAAAUUGAAGUUCCGAGAAUGACCCCGUAUUUCGGGUCUAAAAAGGCAAUAUUAGAUUUGCUUGUGGUGAUUCCUAUCAUGUCAAAUGCUUAUGUUUGUCAUUUUAAUGUUCAGCCUAUUUAUAACGAGCUCGAAGCCCGUUCACCUCAGAAGAUGAAUCGGGUUGGACGGAUUACUAGUGUUAUAUGUGUUUUGGUUUAUGCUUCAACUGCAAUAGCUGGUUAUUUACUUUUCGGAAACGAUACUGAAUCAGAUGUGCUAACUAACUUUGAUAAAGACCUUGGGAUUCGUUUCAGCACGCCUUUAAAUUACAUAGUCCGUGUUGGCUACGUUUUUCAUCUGGUUUUAGUUUUCCCUGUUAUUCAUUUCUCACUUAGACAGACAGUGGAUGCCUUGUUAUUUAAAGGAUCGGUUCCGCUCACAGAAAGUAGGAAGAGGUGUUUGGCUCUGAAGGUUGUUUUUUUGGGACUCAUAUAUCUUGGAUCAACUAUGAUUCCUAAUAUUUGGACGGCUUUCAAAUUUACAGGGGCGACAACAGCAGUCUCUUUAGGAUUUACAUUUCCGUCUCUAAUUGCUUUAAGGUUGAGCAAAGAAGGGAUUGCAUUGAGCCACAAGGAGAAGAUAUUGUCUUGGUUCAUGCAAGUAUUGGCCAUUGUAGUUAGCAUUGUUGGAGUGGUUGGAAAUAUUUAUAGCAUCACCAGCUAGAAGGAUUUACUUUUAUUGGUUUCCAUACAUUAGAAAAUUUUAACUUCAUACCUUUGGUCAUUGCAUUUUCUGGCCCAGUGUGGAUAAGUUAGUCACAAAGCAGUUUGUAGAAGCAAAAGGCCCUGAUAUGAGUCUUGCACAACCAUUUUGGCAGGAGCAGAUCAAGUUUUACCGUAAACCAAAUUGUGGAUGCCUUCUGUGUCACGCUUUGCUGCUUGUGGAGAGUGACAAAAGAUUGCUGCAGCUGUUAGAGAUUGCAAAUACCUAAACCGCACAGCUCCCAGCUAAGUAUAUGUUGUUGAUAGUUCCGUGGUCCUAGUAGACUGGUACUUUCUUGUAAUUGCCAACAGUAGCCAUCAAAUUUGUAGAAUCUCUCCCUUGCCAUGUUGGGACAACUAUACCAUGUACAGCAAACAUGAUUUUAUG